UCAGGAGAUGCAGGGGUCUUCAGAGGCCGGGAAAGACGCCGAAUUUCACAGAUGAUUGAAAUGGUGGUGCGACGGGAAUGGAGUCCUGCAGAAAUUGUGGAAUUGGUAAGGUCGUCUGAACUUUGCGGAGCGGACCGUCUCUCCUCGGACUCCUCGGCCGCCUCAAAUCUCAGCCUCCUCCUCCUCCUCCUCACUCACGGGGCAUCGCCGGCAGCCGACUGCCUCCUCCGCUAGCUAACCGCGUCUGCUGUUGUGUCGGUCGGUGACAAAAAAUCACAGCCACGGAUCCGCUUUUUCGGUAGCAUCACGGAAGCUAGUUUCGCGUUGGAAAAAAAAAAAAAAGAAACGAAAAGGUAUGACCUCCCCUUAGUCCUCCAUUGCAAAUCUGACCGCUGGGCGAGCACCGUUGUUUUACACCGAGGCAGCAUCAAGGUGACGGAUGGAUGGGGAUGGAGGCAGAAAGUAUGUAAGCUAACGCUAGCUACCGAGCAAGCUAGCCUCACUCGGAUGGACAGCAACACACAGGCGGACCUCCAGCAUCCUCACCCUGGACAUGUUCAAGUCUCUGCCUGCGCCGUGGUACGCUAACGAGGAAGUAACUCCACCGCGACGAGGGACAUUUCGCCCGGCAGGAUAUUUUUAAACCCUACACGGACAUUUCUUUAGAUGCCAAAUGUAAUGACAACCCCGGGCUCACACCAUGUAUGUGGCUGGCCGCGUCUGUGUCCAGCCCUGCGGAUGACACGACAGAUACCGGGGAUUCAAAUCGAACAGCGGCGGGGCAGGAGCACCGUCGCCGGGUAACGUUAGUGGUGCUCAGAGACUCAUCUGGACGUGAGCUAGCUAGCGGUCAAAGCUAUGUGGCUAACAGCACAAAAUAAAAACCUCAAAUAGAUGCCGACGCCAAUGGUAUCCCAUAAGGUUUUAGUCGCAAUAAUCCUGUUAAGCGUGUAUAUAGGUGUACAGUCUCUUUUCUACUUGUUUGGCGGCGUCCUUUUAACUGUCGUGGUUGCUAUGGCAUUUUUAAAUGGACCCAGGCUGCUGGACUGGGCGAACUCACCUCCUCAUCUUCAGUUCAACAAAUACGUCCUAACCGGAUACCGGCCAAUCUCUUCAGUGCAAGACUGUAUCAGAAGCCUGUUCUACCUGCACAAUGAACUUGGCAACAUCUACACUCACGGCAUCCCUCUGGUCUGCUUUCUGGUGCUUCUGCCUCUCAACAUUCCCUGGUCUCAGAUCAGCGUCACGUGGCUGGGCGUGGUCCACUUCCUGGCCUGCCUGUCGCCCCAGCUGGGCUCCGUGCUCUACCACCUCUUCAUGAACCACGAGGGAGGCGAACCCGUCUACCACACCCUCCUCAAGCUCGACAUGUGCGGCAUCUGCAUGAUCAACACGCUGGGCGCUCUGCCCAUCGUCUACAGCACGCUGCUGUGCUACCCGUUUAUCCGCACCGUGGCCCUGUUGGUCUACAUCCUGCUGUCCAGCUACGCCAUCUACUGCGCCGUCACGGCUCGGAGCAGCGUGCGCCGGCUGCGCUCCUUCGCCUGGCAGGCGCUCUUCCGCUUCUCCUUCUUCCUCCUGCGCUGGGUGGGCGUGGGCGGCGGCAGCCCCACCUCAUUACGCCACUUCCUCACCAUGGACGCGCUGGCCGUGCUGGGCGGGGUCAUCAACAUCACACGCAUCCCGGAGCGCUUCCGCCCGGGCCUCUUUGACUACUGGUGCAACAGCCACCAGAUCAUGCACGUACUGGUGGUGGGCUCCAUUCUCUACCUGCACUGGGGCGUGUUGGACGACCUGCUGUGGAUCAACAGCUACCACUGUCCCUCAGACUGACCCCAGCCCCACCCCGUCCCAGGAGCACCGGGACAAAACGCUAAAGGACCUCUGGGUGACAGUGGGGGGGGGGGGGGUGACGGGGAGGAGGGCCGUUUGAAAGGUAAGGGUCGGGACGGGACAUUCGGGAGGGGUGGGGGGAGUUGCUGCUGCUGCUGCUGAAUUCCUAAAAGAUCACAGACGGAUGAAGGUGAGGUGACGUGUUGCACGUUCUCGACACGCACUCAAACCCAGAAUGUUCAUAUCUCUCUGUCCAUCUUGAUAUUUUUGUGCGUACGCAGGCAAAUGUAUGUCAAGUAACACGCACAAGCAUUCAGUUUUUACGCACUCGCCACAAACAUGGAUGCACUGUUGCACACCCAGACACACACAUAAACACUACUAACACACCCAUUAAAAGGGAAGAUUUUAAGCGUAGUAAAUUUAACGAGUAACUAUACUGUAAUGCCUUAAGCAAAGGCUCUAGUAAAGGUUUUUAGUCAAGAGUUAAUCACAUGUAGAAGUUUUACUUGAGCAGUAGUGGUUGGUAGAGAGAGGCGGCGGCUAAACGAUAUCACAUGCUCACGCUCUCUCACACGUCACUGUUGCAACCUAUGCAGCAUAUCGCACUUCAUGCAGAUCAUACACACACGCCCAAACACACACACACGCACAUACACCUUCACACACCUAUAUUUUUAUACUACAUGUCAGUAGUGAUGCACAAACCACUCCUAGACUUGUCACAAAGUCCAAUGGAACUACUUGAGUUAGUUUUUAUUUAUGACAGAGGAUCGGUCGCUCUGUCCUUUGUUCCCUGUUUGUUUUUUUCCCGCCACUGCCUCUGUCUUUACGUGUGUGUGUGUCUCUCUGAUUCGUCCUCACUGUAGAAGAUUACUAGAUGACUAGGAGUUCAAACUGGUUUGGGGGGGGUUCAUUCCUCGGUUCGCCAGCUUGUUGGUAUUGAGUUUACUUCCUGUAGGUGGCCUGGACUGCACUUAAAACUCAAUAGAGCAGUUUUAUUGAUCUGCUUAGCUUGCACCUGAGCACAGCACCAAUGAAAUCCAGGCCUUUUUUGAUCAGGAAAAACUAGUGCGCUGUUUACAAGUGAUGUUGUUCAGUGGCAUUAUAAAGGCACUCCCAGAUUGUUUAUUCUUGUAUUUGACGUUGUGUCUAAGAGGAUUUCAUGACUAUUUAUUGUGUUGCAUAUAUUUAAGAGUGGAUUUUACGACAUUUAAAUGUAAUAUUUUAUCAUAUAUUUUGUUUUUGAAAUAAUUUAACACAGCAGACAUUAAGAGAGACUUAAAUUAUUAAAUGUUGCUAAGGUUACAUGUGUACUUAAGUCUUGCAGUACGCAUGGCAGCAGGGCGGACUGAAAGAUAAAGGAGAUGCCACUUGACAGUCGCCAACUUUUACAUUAACCUGAGAGUGUUAAAAGCCAGUUUCGAUUUCCAGCCGUUAAAUUAUUUAAAGCCUUGUUCAGACAAACUAAAACAAACCUGACCAUUCACACUGUGCAGAAAACACAGAAAUGAGAAAAUAUUGUUUAUUUAUUGGUGAAAAAGUAUUUUUUGUGGAUAAAGCUCUACCUGUAUAACAUAAUCCAUAUCACAGUUGCAAUAUUCUGUACAGAAAACUGCAGUAUGUUUGUAUUGCAAACAAAUUGCAUAUUACGUUUUUGAAGGUGUAAUUAUUUCAUGAAUGACCUCCGUACUCCAGAGGGCCCGAAAUGGAACAAGGGUCUUGUGUAUUUGGAUGUUUACUCUUACAUUAACCCUGUUGAAUUACGAUGGCUCAUCGGUAAGGGCUUUUAGGAUGAGGGUUUGUUGCCACGGGAACCGUCCUGGCCAGAUUUAACUUUCUAAUUUGAAUGCACUGCUUUCUGCUCUGCAGCUGGAUGCCCGUUCAGAGACGGAGCCCAGCUCGACUUGCACUUUUCUAAGCUGAAUAGAGGGAGCUUACCCACUCCAGGAAUGAUUUCAAGUGGAGUAGUAUUUUGUUAAGCUGGUCUAACCAAGCAGGAAUGAACCCCUAGCCCUCCAUUCAUGUAGAAAUCCGAGCAGCUGUGUGUAUUAGGGGUUUGCAACGCUAAUCAUCUCAUGAUUGCGUUGGCAACAUAUUCUGCACUGGUAUUUCAGUCCUACUCUGUAGUAGUAAUGUUUACUUUCUGGAUUAAUUUCUUACUUGAUUUUGCUCAAGACUGGUGGCUGAGACCACACUUUCUUUUCUGGGAGGUAGAUUUAUUGACAACAAAUCUUGGGCUUAAAGAGCCUGUCUUUGUUUUUUUGCACUUGCUGUGUCCCAUGCCAACAGUCACAACCAUCCACCCACAGUUCGCCAGUUUUCUCACCCCCACUUUGUCUUGCCACAUUAGCGGCGUCUCAAGGUGUUGCACAUCCUCUGCUUCCUGUGCUCACACUGACUCAGAGGUGAGGGAGGAUUUCCCAUAGUCUCUGUCACGUACUCGAGCCUCCGACCACAACCCCGCUGCCUGGCAACAGUGUCAGAUUUGUCUGCUCGUCUCCCUCUGACUCUGUCCCCGUCAUUUUGGUGAUUAUUAGCUUGUAUAACCACGGUCCAAUGUAAAAGCUGAAACUAAUGUAUCGCUGGCCGCUGAAUGAAACCGAAUAGUGCAUGGUAGCAGCUCUGAAGCAGAAACUGAUGUCUCACAGGCAGAUUUCAGCCUAGUGUUAACUAAACGCUCGUGCAUUAUAGUCAUCCACAUGUCACGUCAUUCACUCCUGGGUGUUUUACACCCUUGGGGAGGAAGGGUGGGGGGGUGCGGUGAGCGACACCAUCACAGGAACACGAUGGCCCAGAACAGAGGCAAUACAUCUGUAUCAAAUAAACUGCACUGUUUAUUGUUUUCAAAAGGGCUUUGGAUCAAAGUGAAUUACAAUAUAUAUAAAAAACUUAUUUCAAAUCCCUAUACAUAAUGUAAAUAAGUGUAUGUAGGUUAUAUAUACAUACAGUGCAAACCGUAUACUCUGUUACCUUUUUGAUACAUACACAGUAUGUAAAGGAAAUAAAACUAAGGACAUGGGGUUAAUACAAUGCCACACAUCAGUGGCUGCUCUCCCUCAGAGCCAAGGCGGAACAUGAGAGGGGAGCAGACUGAGGCUUGGUACUGUGCUUUUGAUUAAAAUCAAAGACAUGAGUUUGCUUCGCUAUUUCCAUAUGUAUGUGAACAACACAGAAAAAAAAUAUAACAACUGAAAUUGGAUUCAGUGCUAUUGUAGAGUUGUUUGACCUUGUUAUUUUUAGACCCUUAUCAAGAAUGCUUUUGAUCAUUUAAAUGUAACCUUUUUUAAAAAAAAACAAAAAUAUGUGGGAAAGACAUUUGUGAUCAUUGUGGGGGAAUAUUGCGGGCAUGUGAAUACCUCUCAACUACCACUGGUCUAUCUAUGCAUUGUAAGAGGGGAAAAUACACUACACAGAAGUGGAUUUGUAUUUGUUACACAGGUGUCUCUGAUGCCCUCGGCUCUAACGGAGGGCUUCGCUCCAACAUCCUGGGUCUCCCACUUCUCAGGGUGCCAUAACAGUAGCUGUAACAUCCACAGCCUGGACUCUGCUGUCUGAAACAUGGCUGUCAGACUCCCAACCUCCUCCGCCUGUCCUCUCUGCCUGUCCUUUAGAAAGGGUUUAAAGCUGGGGGGGUGGGGGGGUGUCAACAGGGUGGAGGACUGGGAACGGGCGAAUACACUGGACUUGAAACACAAAGGGGAAAAAGGGAGGCAGAGAAAGAGGAUUUCCCUGACAACCGUCUUUCAGAGGCGUAACUAGGCCAGCAAAUUGGUGUUUGUCCUUUGUCUGUAUGUCCAUCGAUUAUAACAAUGACAUGAUGUGUGGAAAUCUUACUAACAAAACAGAUUUUUUUUUUUUUUUUUUUAAAUUAAGCAGGUGCCGGGUAGCCUGUUGAGGACUUAUUUAUAACGGAUUAAAUGUCAGAUCUAUUGUCAUAUGAUGAUUACUAUGAAUACUGUCACUCUGUGGAAAAUUGAUACUAAUAAUUACACUUGUCUAACGUGUACAGAUGAAGAGACGAGUCCUUUCCUGUAGGAUGAAGGGAGUCUUCUGCAGGGUCUGUCUGUUCUCCUGUCUCCUCAUGGCAUUUUAAAUUGUAAACCAGAGAGUGUGGCUCCAUCUACUGGAUGUUCUUGUGCACUGUGGCAGGCGUACUGUAGCCAUACUGCAGCUAUAUGGAACUAAUUGACUGGGCAUAACACUGAUGUCAGUGCUGUGCGGUCAAGGACUGAAAAAAAAAAAAAAAAACCCUUUUAUCGUCCAGGGUUGCACAAGCCAGGUAUUUGUCUGUACCAUGUAUGUACGUGUGCGUGUAUGAACCGUCUCAUACAGCAAGCAUGAAAUCUGUAGCUACUGAAUUGAAUCCAUGUUUUCUCCUCAUUAACUGCACUAACAAGGUGCCAAUCGCAUCCCAGGUGUGGUGCCUCAUCGUCCGGUCUGUGUCCUUGCAGAUAGCGUGCACGAACACAGAAGUGCAGCUUCUUCCUGUGUCUGUGGUCCACAUGUCUGUCCAACAUUAGUGUCCUGUGUAACAGACAGGCUCUCGCACUCCUCAGUCUCCAGCAACGAUUGUGCAAUAAACUGAAGUCUAUAUUUUUAAA